AAACUAAACAAAAAAAAAAAAAUAUCUGAAAAAACGAAAACUAUCUGUGGAAAUGUGCAUCAAAUUUUGAGAAGAAAAACAAUAUCCGGAACAUCUACAACAUACAACUUGCAACAGCAAGUGGCAGUAGCAACAUCUUAGACACCAGCAAACGGUAGCAAUUUGCAACAAGAGAGAGCUUUCAAAAUGAUCGAUGCGGCAUGCAAUUAUCUGAAUCCCUAUGCGACGCAGCAACAGCACGCGCAGCAGCAACACAUCCACAACAUGCAACAGCAGCAACAACAUCAGCUCCUCCCGCAGCACCACUUGCAACAUCACCUGCAACACCAGCAGCAACAGCAACAGCAGCAGCAACAACAACAACAGCAACAUCAGCUUUUACCCCAACAACAACAACAACAACAGCAGCAACAGCAACAGCCACAACAACAACAUCACGACUUCCUUAGCGCCGCUCUACUAUCCGCCCCCUCAUCCCUCUCCGGAUCAUCAAGCUCCUCCGGCUCUAGUUCCGGCAGCUCUCCGCUAUACGGUUCCGUUUCCGUAUCCACCAAGUCGGCGCCCAUGAAGCUGGAAAUGCCAUAUCCCCAGGCCUCCUCCACCGGCACCGCCUCCCCCAACUCCAGCAUCCAGUCCGCCCCCUCCUCCGCCUCGGUGUCGCCCAGCAUCUUCCCCUCGCCCGCCCAAUCCUUUGCCUCGAUCACGGCGAGUCCCACAACGCCCGUAUCCGGAGGCACUGGCUCCAACUCGGUCAUCGGUAGCAUGUCGGUAGCAGCAGCAGCAGCGGCGGCAGCCGCAACGGCAGCAGUUACGGCAGGAUCAGUGUCUGGAGCUGGAUCCGGUUCAGGAUCCGUAUCCGCCGCCUCAUCACCCUCCUCGGCCGCAUCGGCGGCAGCAGCAGCGGCGGCGGCGGCAGCGGCAGCAGCGGAUUUGGGGGCAGCAGCGGUGGCAAGUGCCGCCUAUGGAUGGAAUACCGCAUACUCCGGACUUCCAGCAAGAAGCCAGUUCCCGUAUGCCCAAUACGCAUCCGAUUAUUAUGGCAAUGCUGUGGGAAUGUCCUCAUCGGCGGCCUGGUUCUCGCACCAGGAGCGCCUGUACCAGCCAUGGAGCUCACAAAGCUAUCCGGGCUUCAAUUUUGACGACAUUGCCUUCCAGACACAGUUGCAACGUCGUUCGGUGCGUUGCACGUGCCCCAAUUGCACCAACGAGAUGAGCGGCCUGCCCCCGAUCGUCGGACCCGAUGAACGUGGUCGCAAGCAGCACAUCUGCCACAUUCCCGGCUGUGAACGGUUGUACGGCAAGGCGUCGCAUCUAAAGACCCAUCUGAGGUGGCACACCGGUGAGCGGCCGUUCCUGUGCCUCACGUGCGGCAAGCGAUUCUCCCGAUCGGAUGAACUGCAGCGCCACGGCCGGACACAUACCAACUAUCGCCCCUACGCCUGCCCCAUCUGCUCCAAGAAGUUCUCCCGCAGCGACCAUCUCAGCAAGCACAAGAAGACCCAUUUCAAGGACAAGAAGAGCAAGAAGGCCCUUGCCGCGGAGGCCAAGGAACAGCAGGCGGUCAUCAAGCAGGAGAAGAAGGACAAGAAGUCACUCGGCAAGUCACCCCUCACCCCGCCCGUCGAGUUCAAGCAGGAGCAGUCGGAGAAUCCUCUGGUGAACUACACGCCCUAUGGAAACUAUGUGAGUGGAGGAGCGGCCGGAGGAGCGGCAGCUAAUCAGGCACCACCACCACCGCCCCCGCUCUUCCAGCAACACCAGAUGGUGGGCGGCGGCGGUGGCGCCACCUAUGAGCCCUGGAACCGUGCCACUACCUCGAACUCUGCCUCCCGAUCCACUUCCUCCUCGGCGGCCAGUUCCCCAGCGGUGGGCGGUGCCGCCUCCUCGCCCGCCUCUGCCUCCGCCUCAGCCUCCGCCUCUGCAUCCACCUCCGCCUCGGCUUCGGCCUCGGUUUCUGCCACCGCCUUGGCCCAGCAUCACUACGCCGCCCUGGCCAUGCAAAGUGAAUCCCAGCUGGCGGCCGAAUACGGCCUGACGAUGAGCGGCCUGGCGAGCGGUGCUAGCCAGGACUCCAGCUCCAGUUGCCACAUGAAGUCCGAGUAUGCGGCGGCGGGCUAUCCGCCAGAGUUUGGAGCAGGAACCGCCGGUUAUGGCUAUCCUCCGCACCAUCCCCACCAUCACAAUGCCUGGGCAGCAGCCUAUCAUCCACAUGCGGCCACCUAAGCUCCUCCAACCGCCACCAAUUGUUGAAUCAUCAAAUGCCAUAAAAAAACCCAAAAGACAAAAACCUAAGGCAGCAAGUGUAGUGUGUUUUUUUUUUCAGUGUGUUAUUGUUGAUAAAAUAUAUAUAUAUAUAUAUAUUAUAUAUUAUAUUUAAUGAAAACUAAGUGUUUGUUAGCCUUUAAGAUAAUGAAUGGAAAAUAUUUGCAAACAAAAGGAAACAAAAAAAAAACUAUAUAGUAUAUUCUAUGAUUGUAUAUCCUAGCUAGUUCUAAGGACAUGAAUUUUUUUCUUCCCCAAAAAAUACUAGAAAACACUAGAAAACCCAUUUUUUUUUCAAAAUCCCCCCAAAACUAGUUAAGAAUUUUUUUUUGCAUGUCUGUAAAUAUUUUAGCAAUAUUUAAGCCAUAUAUAUAUAUUUAGAAAACUUACAAGAAUCACAAAAAAAUAUGAAACCAUCUAGUUGUGUACCAUAAUAAUUGUUAAUUGUCUUUAAGAUAAAUUAUAUUAAAAACAAAAUGCUAAAAAAAAAAAAACUACAACCACAACCAAGGCGACAACAAAUUCCCAAAAAACAACAAAAAUCCUAACAAUAAAAAAAAACGAACAAAAUUAUAUUGGAAAACAAAAGCAA